GAGUAACUUGUGACUGACUCACGCUGCAGGGAAAAAAGUGCAAAUGUGGUGCAAGGAAGUGGAAAAAGACGGAGUCUAGAAGAAGGCGGAGUCUGAGUGUUUGAUGGUUAACUGCAGAUCUGUUUCUGAAAUGGCGCAGCAAGGUGUUCAGCUGCGUUUGGAAAACUUCUCUUGUGCGAUCUGCAUGGAGCUUCUGAAGAAUCCUGUGACGAUUCCCUGUGGACACAGUUUCUGUCUGAACUGUAUCAAGACCUUCUGGGACGGGAGGACGAUCUCCAGCUGUCCUCAGUGCAGAAAGACCUUCAGACCGAGACCAGACCUGACCAAGAACUUUAUGUUAGCAGAUUUAGUGGAGGAGCUGAAGAAGCCUGCGGUCCACGCUGCUCCUGCUGGAGUGAACGAUGUGGUCUGUGACGUGUGUGGGAAACUCAAAGCUCUCAGGUCUUGUGUGGUUUGUUUGGCGUCUUAUUGUGAAAAGCAUCUCCAGCCUCAUUAUCACUCGCCUGCAUUUAAGAAACACAAGCUGAUGGAGCCGUCCAAGCACCUGCAGAAGAACAUCUGCUCUCGUCACGUGAAUAUGAUGAAGAUGUUCUGCCGUUCAGACCUGCAGCACGUCUGUUAUCUGUGCUCGGUGGAGAACUCUGCCUCAGAACCAAAGACCAGAGCCCAGUUCCUCACGUACUCACAGGAAAUCACGCUUGAUCCAAACACAGCCAACGACGAGAUGUUGUUGUCUGAGGGAAACCGAAAAGUCACAGCGACAUGGAAGAAGCAGUGUUACCCUCGUCACAAGGACAGGUUCACGGACUGGUGGCAGGUCCUGAGCAAAGAGAGUCUGACUGGACACUGUUACUGGGAGGUGGAGUGGAGAGGGGGAGGAGUCCGCGUCGCUGUGACGUACAAGAGCAUCAGCAGAUCAGGAGACUCACACAAAUGUAAAUUUGGAUACAAUGACAAGUCGUGGGCUUUGUAUUGUUACCAGAACAGCUGUGACUUUUAUCACAACUCCAUCAGGACUAAAGUCUCAGACGUCGAGUUCUCCAGAGUGGGCGUUUACUUAGACCACAUCGCAGGUCUUCUGUCCUUCUACAGAGUCUCUGACACCAUGAGUCUGCUUCACAGAGUCCAGACCACGUUCACUCAGCCUCUCUACGCUGGAGUUGGACUUUAUUUCUCUUUCCCUGGAGACACGUUUGACUUUUGUAAACUCAAGUAGGAGCCGUGAGUUUAUCGAGCAGAUGACCUUUGACCCAUUUGAUGAAUGUUCAUCAAACAUGAACGUUCAUGAUGUUUGAUGAACGUUCAUGAUG